AUGCUGAACGCGGACGAAUGGUCGCUUGUGUUGCCCCUCGUUCAAGGCGCCCUCAACCAUCAGCCGGCGGACCAGCUGGGAGGAAUUGCGACUGUGACAACGUUUACCGACCUGCCAGCCAAGACCCAGCUGGCAGGAUUUGUCCACCCGACGUCCAAGGAAGUUUACGUCGCGGACUGGCUUGGCGCCGCCCGUCAGAAACAUGUGACGGACCUCCAAGUGGCGUUUCAAGAAAUGCACCGCCACGUGGCGGUGCAAAGCAACAAGUUGCGUCAGCAAGCGCGUGGACGUCGUGACCGAAAGUAUCAAGUCAAGUUUGCGGGUUUUUCGGUCGGCGAUUUUGUGCUCGUCGGAUCGGUCUUCAACCUUUCGACAAAAUUAGCGCUGCAUUGGCGAGGGCCCUGCCAAGUGACCAGAGUCAUCACACACCAUGUGAGGGAGACUCAGCAGCUGGUGCCACCGUAUAAAGUCACGAGAGGUGAAAUCGCGUUUGGUGAUGGUGGAUUUCAUGUGGAGCGCCUGGACGAAGCGCGCUGCGUGGAUGGCCAACACCAAGUUUUGGUGAAGUGGCUUGGGCUCAACGAUGAAGAAUCAUCCUGGGAACCUGCGGCGAAUUUGCUGGACGACAUUCCAGUCAUGUUUCGCAAGUGGGCGGCGGCCAACAAGACCGACAUUCCAGUCGUAUUUCACAAGUGGGCGGCGGCCAACAAGGAAGACCCUACCGUGGCCGCCCUCACCAAGACACUGGACUUUGCGUAG